CAAAUUAAAUCACGGAUUACAAAAAUAAACAAUGAGUAAUUAUGAAAAUUCAAUGCAUCUUCCGCUCGAUGCUAGUAAUAUUUAAAAAUCCGAUUUGCAUGUUCAUAUCAUCUAAUCUCCCAUCUUCUUACAGCUCUGUAACUUUGUCUGCCUCUUCUGUUUCCAUCUCAACGUGUCCAUGUGGUCUUCUUAACCUCAUUACUCAUUAUCAGUUAUUUUUUGUAUAUAUUAUCCUCAUCAUUACUUUCUGAAUCUACACUUCUUACUCUCUCUAUCUCUCUCUAUCUCAAAGUCCACUUGCUUUGUCUGUCCACUUCAUAAACUACUAGGUCCGUUUCCACAUAGUUGUACGAUCGAUCAUGGUAGUAGCGGAAACGGCGGAGGCCACGAUGGUUUUCACGACGGAGGGACCUCGCAUUUCCUUCUCCGCCGAUCUUUCGUCAUCAGACAGCGAGGGAGACUACAUCUGCAUCAACCCGGACAAUCUGCUUCCACAAGACAGAAGCUCGGCGAAAGUCACCGGAGACUUUGAGUUUCUGUCGAACACACAAACGAUGCUCACCGCCGCAGACGAGCUGUUCUCCGAAGGGAAGCUGCUUCCUUACUGGCAGGUCAAACACUCGGAGAAGCUUCAAAACGUUACACUGAAAACAAAAGUCGUCGACGUGGAAGAAGAAGUAGAAGAAGAUCGUAAAGUGGUUAAAGAAGAGACUGUUCACAACAAUAACAACACCAAGGAGCAGGAUAGUAACAGCAAUAACAGAGGAAGCUGGUUUCUUGACGAUGAUCCUUCUCCUCGUCCACCAAACUGCACUGUUCUUUGGAAGGAGCUUUUGCGGCUGAAGAAACAGAGGACCACUAAGACUACAACGACGGUUUCUUCGACGAAGGCAUCGACUCUCUCGCCUUCUUCAUCUUCGAGCUCGACUUCGUCUUCUUCGAGCUCUAUCGGGGAUGCGGUGAAGGAGGAGAGCGAGAAGAAAGGGAAGAAAGGGUUAGAGAGGACGAGAUCUGUGACUAUGAGGAUAAGACCCAUGAUUCAUGUUCCUGUUUGUACCCCCUCUAAGCCUCCUCUCUUUCCUCUAAGGCUUCAGAGAAACAGAGCAGAGAAACGAACUUGAUGAAUGGUUGUGAUGAACAUUGUUUUUUUUAAUCUAUUUGUCUUUGUAUUAUCAACCUUUCUUUUUGGUUAGGUUUUGUGAUUAGAUCAAUGGAUUGUGUGUUUUCUAGUUGAGCUUUUGUGAUUGAGAUCUGAGGUGUGACAGUGUAUAAAUGUGAAGACAUUUUCAUACCCAGCACAAUAAGAAAUUCAUCAUUGAAUACACCCAUUUUAUGUUUUU